AUGGAACCUUUCCCUUCCACCCUCGACCGGCCCGCACAUUCCAAGGAUCUAUCUGGACCCUCCGUGCAAAUCAAUGAACUGCCUAAACUCGAGCGAACGCGCAGUGGUGCCUCCCCGAAGACUACCAACCUCCGUCGCGCCAACACGGUGGCACAAGGGACCCUGAUUAAGAAGAACCUGGAACGCAAGGCGAACCGCGACAGGACCGCGACGACUGGGACUACGGGGGUGGGAGGAUCGGGACUACGGGCCAAAGACAGUACUGAAUUAUUACGAGCGACGCCAUUGCAACGAUCCCAGACACACCGGGCUCAAUUAGAGGCGCGUCCGGCCGGACGCAAAGCAGGUCAUUUUACGGUUGGAAGUGUUGGACAGAAUGGCAAGAUCUUUCUCAGGCCGAUUGCGAAUCCACCGCAGAAAGAUCCCCAUAGAGUGCCCUUUUCAUCGAUUGAUCAAGUGACGACCGAUCGCCUCCAGCCGCAGUAUGCCUACCCCCGAGAUGACCCGUCUCGAUGGUCGAGCUCCCAGCUCUCCGAGCUACGUCCGCGCGAAACACGAGAGGAGGGAUCCGAGGUCCCAGAAACGCGCCCAGAAUCCGCUAAUCGGCUCCGCCAGCGUGCGAACUCGUUCUCCACCUUAUCCGAUACUCACUCCGUGUCUGGCGCGGGUAAACGUGGAGAGCUGCGCAUCGUCAUCGAUCGAUCGGAGGACCGGCCUAAGACCGCGAAUGAAAAGUCGCCUGACAUGGCGUUGGAUGUCCCCAUUCCUCAUUACCGACUCUCGGCACGGUUCAAUAAUGACGGUAGUGCGGCCCUGCAUAGUUCCGUCUACACACGGACGUCAAUGUCCGAUAAUUUUCGAAACUCCACCUUGCUAGGGGGCAUGAUUGAUCCCAUGCCUCCGCGCUAUCCGAGUCUCUAUAGCAGAGAUUCUUUCCCGCGUAACCGUGCUUCUUUUGCGGUGUCCAUGUUCUCCGGAGCGGCUGCUAUAGAUCUCAGUCGGGCUUCGCCAGCACCGAGGAACUCGAUGGUGUAUGAGUUGAAGGGACCGGUUGAGCCCUCGAUAUAUGAAAGGCUGGUAUCAGACAUGGAUGGUGAAACAGUUGUGCGGUACAUUCCCGGCACCAAGGAUAUCAGCGCGGCCACACCCGCUCGCAUUGUGGCUCAGAUCUCUUCUGAGUCGUUUAUGGACUACGAGCUGGUGUCGGACUUUUUCCUCACUUUUCGUUGCUACUUAUCUCCGAAUCACCUGCUUGCUCUGUUGCUUGCGCGCCUGCAAUGGGCUAUAAACCGUCUUCAGGAAGAUGGGCGAAUCAUUCGCAUUCGCACCUUUGCGGCUCUUCGACACUGGAUCUUGAAUUAUUUUGUUGAUGAUUUUGUGACGAAUCAUGAACUCCGGACCCACUUUUGCGAGACUAUCAACAAGCUCUAUCAGGAGGUAAAGUCUCGACGAAAUGGCGGCACAAGCGACUUGAAAAUCCUUAUCGAUUUGAAACGUUGUUGGAAUGGCAAGUGUUCAGUCUAUUGGACCGCAUCGGAUUUCGCUCGCGCUUAUAAUGACCCCGAUAGCUCGAUUCUACCGGGAAACGUGCAAAUGGAGCUUCCGAGUGAAGAAAAUGUUCAACAGACUGUUCCGCUUCCUGGCAUGGCCGUUCAGAUAGAAACAAGUUCACGGAAAAGCUUUCCCGUCUCUACUCAGCAUGAUCGAAAUGACUCGGCUGCGACGGCACACAGUAUACCCUUUUCAACAAAGAGCGACCAGAGUAUGCUGGCACUCUCCUGCUCACUGCCUCCCAGGUCUCCGCGACGGCUGUCCGGUCCUUAUUCAAGAAGCAAAGCACCGCGUCCCGUUCCAUUGCCCCUCACUAAGUCGGCUUCUCCUCACGAAGGUCAUCCUUCAUCGCCGAUGCUUUCGCGGUAUCCAUUUUCCCAUGGUCAUAAGAGAAGCGGCAGCUUUUCCGAUUCCGUGCGAGAUCCUAUGUCCGGCGUAGAGCUUGGCUCGAACGCACCACAGGAGAUAAUGGACCCGGUCAGCUUCAUUCGAGGUGUUCUGUACCCCCCUGCAGAGUCUUACAUGACGAUGAUGGCCCCGGACUCCCCUCCUUUAGCUUUGCCGUCUUCAUCUUCCAACACGGACCGCCGGAGUACACCAGAUGGGGGUUCUAAACCAGCUCAAUCAAACUCGGGGGUCAAGACCAUCAUUGGCUCAAUCAGGCGGGCUUUGCAUACUAGGAAUGGUGGUCAGAGUGUUUCUGCUCGCAUCGCAAAUGCCUCAGAGACCCGUACCAUGCCAUACCGUGGGAAAAUCUCCGCAAUGCCCCAUCACAUUGCCCUCGGAUCUGACUACUACCGCGAAAGGAAGAUAGCGACUGCCCCCAAGCCCCCUGCGCGGAUUGAUGUGCUCUGUGAACAAGCUUUGAGGCAAUAUCAAGAUGCCAUGGAUCCCAAGCAGGAUACCCAGCUGCAGCCCAAUGCGCCUGACGUACAGACCACCUGGCAAAAUUCUCCUCCUGCAACCCCGGAGGCCAAUAUUCGGACUCCAAAGGACAGCUCGAAAAUCAAAAGUGGGCUUACUACGGGUAGUGGGUCGAUCGUCAUCGUUGAUGAUACUGGAUUCGAAUUCCCUCCUUCUAUGUCUGGGGCUUUAGAACGUCUACCUAAUCGUGCUAUGGGUGAUCCCUCGCGCUUAGAUACUGGUGAUACGCUUGCGUCCACCAAAUCAUACUUGUCAACAGGCCAAAGUGAACACACCGUUCCUAUCUAUUUCAAUGGUGAAAUUUCGGAUCUUUCGCAAAAGCCGCACCCGUAUAGCAUUGCUUCAACUCGGAGGUCGUUCUCAAAUGAGCGCCAGACUGCUCCUAACAAAAGAGCCUCGCUUUCCCUCCGACUACGGAAAUAUGCAUCCUUCCAAAGCGGAAUCUCGAGGCAGCGGACAUCAAUGGGGAGCGAUACAGGCAAGUCUUUUACGGGGAAUCUUGCACAGGAGACAGAUAAGCCUGGACGUGGCCUUCGUAGAAGACCUGGUGGAAACUUGCGGCAAAUGCAAUAUGUGGAUGACAUGGAACCCGGCUCAGGUCGUGGAAGUGUCGUGUCCACUCGCUCAUAUGACGACUCGCUAGCAGAGACGACGACCACCACCUCUGAUCGCGCCUCAAGGCCUCCGACUACCUUGAUCCCGCCCAACCCGCAGCACUCCUUGAUUCAGGCUCGAUCGAACCAGAAUAUGAAACGUUCAUUUGAAGCAGCUAUCGCCCGUUUUGCGCAGAUUCCAGAUGACGAUGAUGGAGGUAUCGAGUCGACUCUGUUGAAGCUGGAGGGCAAAUGGCCUAGUUCACCACCAGCUGAUCAGGAUAUUGGAUUUGAGCGCGUCAUUCAGCCUCGGGAACAUGUGGUUGAAAAAAAUAAUGUUCCCUGGGAUGUUAUUUCCCGAAGACGGCAGACAGAUAAAUCAGGCUACUCUACCGUUGGAGGGCGACUGGCGCCACCCCGUCCGUAUUCGGAUUCUGUGGCGGAGUCCGAAGAGUCCUACAAUUCGAUUCCUCUUCUUGAACGUGGCUUGACUGAUGAGUCGAUGAAACGGCCGGCAGCAAAUCGCGGCCAGAUUAUCGAUGUGCAAGGGGCUCCUCUCAGUCUAAUCUCCAGUCGGGAUACUUCUGAAUUAGCAUCUUCGCACCCGUCAAUCCAGAUCGUCCAUGAUACGGAUAGCAUUCGCCGUAUUCCUCGAGGCUCGACCCUGCCCCAGCCUGCUUCUGACGCGGGACAAGCCACCCCUAAGCGUUUGUCAGCCAUGUCUGUUGAUAUGAUUGACUCGCAUGAGGCCAUGGAGGGCCGCUUUUCUACUGAUAAUCGUAGUCUGGCUUCGUCGACUGUCGAAAUCCCGCCUCACCCCCUGGCUCACCCCCCUUCUCCUCCGAUGACAAUUCAACAUCCAAGCUCUUUCAUCCACUGUGUCUCGCCUAUGGAGAAUGUAAUAUUUCAGGCUCAGCCACCUACACCUGAUACUUCUCCCCUGCGUCGGGGCACGGAGACAGCCGAUUCACAGAACGCAAAGCCAAGAGAAGUUCCUCAAUUCGCAACCGACGUUCUUUCCAACUCCGAGAAAGACCGUCAACUCAUCAACAAUGGCCCAGACCAUGUUCCCUUUAUCCUCGCAUGUGAGUCUCAAGUGCUAGCGCAGCAACUGACAUUGGUCGAAAUGGCUGCGCUGAGCGAGAUUGAUUGGCGAGAUUUGGUUGAGAUGAGAUGGAGCAGCAGCUCCCAAUGCAUUGCUAGCUGGGUUCAAUUCCUCACCGCCGAGGAACGCAAGGGUAUCGACCUCGUUGUCGGUCGCUUCAACCUCAUGGUGAAAUGGGUUGUCUCCGAGAUUGUCCUAACUCGCGACAUCCACGAGCGAGCUCGCACAAUCAUCAAGUUUAUUCACACGGCUGCCCAUGCGCGCCGCAUUUGUAACUAUGCGACUAUGUUGCAGAUCGCCAUUGCCUUGUCCUCGUCGGACUGUUCUCGGUUACAGAAUACGUGGCAAUUAGUUCCUUUGGAGGAUAAGCGGUUGUUCAAGGAUAUGGAGUGCUUGAUUCAACCUGUUCGCAACUUCAAUGAUCUCCGUGUUGAGAUGGAGACUGCCAACCUGCAGGAAGGCUGUAUUCCUUUCAUCGGCCUUUAUGUACAUGACCUUACUUAUAAUGCUCAAAAGCCAGCCCAGAUCCCUCGAGCCGAGGGAGGCCUGCUGGUUAACUUUGAACGAUACCGCACUGCUGCUCGUAUUGUCAAGAGCCUGCUCCGACUGAUCGACGCCAGCACCAAGUACCGCUUUCAGCCUGUCCAGGGUAUUAUCGAACGGUGUCUCUGGAUUGCUGCUCUCACUGAAGAUGAGAUUCAAUCUCGGAGCAAACAGCUCGAAUGA